AUGACGCAAUCAAACUUCUUUGUCACGUCCAUGCUUUUGCUUCUCGGCCUUGCUGCCGCGGCUCCCGUCAACUCUCCCGAUUCGACUGGAUUUAGACUCCCCAUCAAGAACAAAGAUGUCAAAGUCGCCAGCAUCAUCCCCAACCGCUAUAUUGUCGUGUACAACAACACCUUCGAGUCCAAGGCUAUCGACGCAAUGGAGGCGUCUUUUGCCGCCUCCCUCAAGAAGCGCAAUCUCGGCAAGCGUAGUCUCGACGGCAAGCCUCUCUCCACUGAAGUCAUGUCACUCAGCAUGAACACAUGGCGUGCCAGUGUCCUUGACGCCGACGACGACAUGUUCAUGGAAAUGCACAACUCCAACGAAGUCGCUUACAUUGAGGCCGACGCAAAGGUUCACACCCAGGCUGUAAUUGCACAGAUCAACGCCCCACCUGGCCUCGUUCGCCUCUCCCACGACCAGGCUGGCGGCAAAAAUUAUGUCUACGACGAGUCUGCCGGCGAAGGUAUCACGGCUUAUAUUGUCGACACUGGCAUUCGCGCCACCCACACCCAGUUUGAAGGCCGUGCUACUUUUGCUGCCAACUUUGUCGAUCGAGUCAACACUGAUGAGAAUGGUCACGGAUCACAUGUCGCUGGUACUAUUGGUGGUGCUACCUUUGGCGUCGCCAAGAAAGUUCAGCUCAUGGGCGUCAAGGUCCUGGGCAAGGAUGGUGGCGGUGCCAACUCUGGUGUCCUUCAGGGCCUGAACUUUGUCAUGGCCGAUGUCAAGAAAAAGGGCCUCGCUGGCAAGGCCGUCAUGAACAUGUCGUUGGGCGGUUCGCGCUCUGACGCUGUCAACAGUGCCAUUCAGCAGCUUGCUGCCGCUGGCAUUGUUCCCGUUGUGGCUGCUGGCAACGAGAACCAAAACGCAGGCAAUACCUCCCCUGCUUCUGCCCGCGCUGCCAUCACCGUCGGCGCCAUCGAUGCCAAGAACGAUGCCAAGGCCAGCUUCUCCAACUUUGGUCAAUCCGUCGACAUUUUUGCUCCUGGUGUUGACAUCCUCAGCGUCGGGAUUAAGAACGACCAGGAUACAAAUGUUCUCAGCGGAACUAGCAUGGCUUCACCCCACGUCGCCGGCCUUUCUGCCUACUUGAUGGGGCUGCAGAAGCAGAUGGAAACCCCCAACCAGGUUGAAAACCUCAUGGAGAACCUCGCUGGCAAGACCGGCGCUGCUGUGCGCGGCAACGCUCAGGGAACCACACCCCUCAUUGCCAACAAUGGUAGUAAAUAG